ACGACAAGAAAGACGACAAGAAAGACGACAAGAAAGACGACAAGAAAGACGACAAGAAAGACGACAAGAAAGACGACCCUGAUGUUAGCAUUGUGCAGAAUUAUUGUAAAAAUAACGAGGUCAAAAAUCUUACUUAUGACGAAGAAAAUGACAAACUAAUAAUUGA